GCCGCGCGCGUCCCCUCGCCGCCGCCACCGCCAGGCGCCCGGACGCAGCGCGAACGGAGCGGCCGGGAUGUGCGCCCGGGCCCCGGCCCGCCCCACGCUGCGGCCGCCGCCUGCCCGCCGCACGCUCGCCUGAGCGCGGCGCCCACCCGCCGGUCCCCGACCACCUGACCGCGAUGCCCGCCCUCCCGGGCCCCGGCGGCCCGAGACCCUGCUAGGCUGCGGCGGCAUGGCCCGCGCGCCCGGCGCGACCUCUGCGGAUUGCAUCGGUGUGCGGCGGCGGGGCAUGCCCAGGGCACCGGGCGCGGCCUUCAAUGGGCGAGGACACGGACACGCGGAAAAUUAACCACAGCUUCCUGCGGGACCACAGCUAUGUGACAGAAGGUAACGUACGUGUUGUCUGAGACCCCCUCCGGCCGGCCGCGGCGUGGGGAUGCCGUCGCACCGAAUGCCCUCCGAAGCUGACGUCAUCUCCACUGUCGAGUUCAACCACACUGGGGAACUGCUGGCCACAGGUGACAAGGGUGGCCGGGUGGUUAUCUUCCAGCGGGAACCAGAGAGUAAGAACGCACCUCACAGCCAGGGUGAGUACGAUGUGUACAGCACCUUCCAGAGCCACGAGCCUGAGUUUGACUACCUGAAAAGCCUGGAGAUAGAGGAGAAAAUCAACAAGAUCAAAUGGCUCCCGCAGCAGAACGCCGCCCACUCGCUGCUGUCCACCAAUGAUAAAACUAUUAAAUUAUGGAAGAUUACCGAGCGAGACAAGAGGCCCGAGGGCUACAACCUGAAGGAUGAGGAGGGGAAGCUGAAAGACCUGUCCACAGUGACGUCACUGCAGGUGCCUGUGCUGAAGCCCAUGGACUUAAUGGUGGAAGUGAGCCCGAGAAGGAUCUUUGCCAAUGGCCACACCUACCACAUCAACUCCAUCUCCGUCAACAGCGACUGCGAGACGUACAUGUCAGCGGACGACCUGCGCAUUAACCUCUGGCAUCUGGCCAUCACUGAUCGGAGCUUCAACAUCGUAGACAUCAAGCCAGCCAACAUGGAGGACCUCACGGAGGUGAUCACAGCAUCUGAGUUCCAUCCGCACCACUGCAACCUCUUCGUCUACAGCAGCAGCAAGGGCUCCCUGCGGCUCUGUGACAUGCGGGCAGCUGCCCUGUGCGACAAGCACUCCAAGCUCUUUGAAGAGCCCGAGGACCCCAGCAACCGCUCCUUCUUCUCAGAGAUCAUCUCCUCGGUGUCCGACGUGAAGUUCAGCCACAGUGGGCGCUACAUGCUCACGAGGGAUUACCUCACUGUCAAGGUCUGGGACCUGAACAUGGAGGCGAGGCCCAUAGAGACCUACCAGGUCCAUGACUACCUGCGGAGUAAGCUCUGCUCCCUGUAUGAGAGUGACUGCAUCUUCGACAAGUUUGAGUGUGCCUGGAAUGGGAGUGACAGUGUCAUCAUGACAGGGGCCUACAACAACUUCUUCCGAAUGUUUGACCGCAACACCAAGCGGGAUGUGACGCUGGAGGCCUCGAGGGAGAGCAGCAAACCCAGAGCGGUGCUCAAGCCAAGGCGCGUGUGUGUGGGUGGCAAGCGGCGGCGUGAUGACAUCAGUGUGGACAGCUUGGACUUCACCAAGAAGAUCCUGCACACGGCCUGGCACCCAGCGGAGAACAUCAUUGCCAUUGCAGCCACCAACAACCUGUACAUCUUCCAGGAUAAGGUCAAUUCUGACAUGCACUAGCUGGCCUCAGUGGCCCUCCCGGCCACCUCUGUAAGAGGACAGGGUGAGCGUGGUGGCCAUUGUGGGGACAUGAGUCCCUAGGCUGGAGUCGGCUUGGAUGGCGAUUGCCAGUUUAAACAAAGGAAAGGAAGGAGCCUCAGUUACAGGUGGAUAAAAUGGGUGUGCCUGGUGGGUCUCUGCCCGGGGCUCCUUUGUUUACGGCCCUCCUGUCUCGGGCUGGGCCUUUUAUUAUUAUCAGGACUUUAUUCAUGUCCGGGGUGGGUUCCUAUCAGAGAAAGUCAAGCUGGUCCAUGAUGGGGCUCCAGAGAGUGAAGUUCACAAGCCGGUCGGGAUCUGCAGAUCCUCACAGGAGCCAGCCAUGGGCCCUGGCUCAGAUGCUGCUUCAUGUUGGAUGUCGGACAGAGCAUUCUCACUGAGGGUUGGUGAUGGCAGCUUGCCCCUUGGGUGUUUGGGAUGCCUUUCUAUAUUCUAGGUGCCAGGCCAGGGCAGGUUCUGAGAAGCAGAGCCAAGGUGGUAGGGCUAAUCGUGAGGCAGGGCUGGGUUCCUUGUGUGGGUUUUCCAGGCUGAGGCAAGUCCUAAGAAGCAGGACUGGGGACCCUGUGUGGCUGCAGCCCUCACCUCACUGCCGUCCGUUUGUGAGUGCCCACUGCACGCUGGGCAUGGUGCUCAGCCCAUGGUGGCUGUGGCUGGAUCCCCGCAGCCCACUUUGUGGUGGCUUCGCUGUCACCUUUCCAUGCUAGCCAGUCAGUCGUCUUCCCGUGGCCGACAGUGGGUCCUGUCCCUGACUGUAGAAUCCUCACGCCCAUCAGACAUGUGUCCACUCAUUUCUGUAACUCUCAGCUGAGAUCCAGGCUCUGCUGGAGCUGGGGUGUAGUCACCAUCCCCUCUGUACCCAGGAGGGAACCGAGGCUCCGAGCAGAGAGGUAGGGUGCCCAGGAGUCCCACCCUGAGGACUGAGUUGGUGUCCCACGCAGGUCUUUCCAUAGGCUCUUUCCAACCCACCACAUUGGUGACUAGUUUUCAAGCAUCAUUCCAAGGGAAGGCCUAAGAAGGGAAGCAUCUUCAUGUCGUGCACUCAGUGCAGGUGCGCUGGUGACAAGAUGACACGAGAGAGGAGAAGAGUGGCGUCCGGGCUUGCCUCCCAAGAUGCACUUCACCUACAUUGUAUCUGCAGCUUUCUCCCCACCCUUCCGGCUGCUCCCCAAGGAGGUUGCAUGCAGCCAGGCAGCCCCAGAGGAUGUUUUCUCAGACCUCCUGAGGGCCACAGGUGAGUGGCCGUGUAUAGUGACGCCCACCCCAUCCUCACUACUGCAAUCCCAGAACUGCAGGGCUUGGCAUUUUGACUCUGGAAGCAGAGAGCAGAGGGGCUUUGGUUUUUACAACACGGACUGCCACCCGGGAAACAGAUGUGACAGAGCUUUUCUUCUUUCUCAGUGGAUCAAGGUAUCCUUGUGUGUGUCAAAGCACAAACCGCAUGCACACUCACUUCCGGCCCACAGAAACUGGGUCCGUUACAUUUUUUUGCCUUUUUUUUUUUUUUAAGAGUCAACGUGAAUGAAGAAUGUUUAUCACUGUAAAAUUCAGGCGCUCUGGACAGUAUUAUAUGUACAUAUUGACCCUGAUUCAAGUUAGCAACUGAAAGAUCGGCGACUUUCCCCUCUUGUAAAGAAGUUGAAGAAUGUGGCCAGUUGUAUAUAAAUCCCAUUGAAGCCCAAAUCCUGGUGAGAGGGCCUUACACACUGGCCUUGGAUCUCUGGCACAACCUUUGCAGUUUGGUGUUAGAGAAGAUACUCACCUUGGGAGCUGGAGGCUGCUAUGAGGUCAUAGGUUUCACACAUAAUGUCUUCAAAGUCAAAUCUUACAUGGUCUUCAAAAGGAGAGGGGUCUUGCACAUGGCCCUAGUUUCCAGACUUCUGUUUUAAUGUCGGGUACCAAAGGUAGAAAGGAAAAAGAGAGACAGAAAAAGAACCCAAAAGAAAAAGUAUGUCUUUGGGACCCGAAGAAAUCACCCAGGUUCAGAGCGGACUGCUAAUACUAAUGCGUGUUUUGAUCGAGGAAAAAAAAAGCGCGGAGGGGGGAGGGGCGAUGUGAGAAAUCGCAGAAGGACCAGAGCUUUGCAAGCCACAGACUUUGCCACUUUGCUCUGCCUAAGUUCUCUGGUCUUGAAUCCAUGGCAUUUCCCAUAACCACUGCGACAUUGUUGGGGUUUUGAGUUGUUUUCUUCUGCUUUGGUUCUUCUCCGAGGGUGAGGCCCUUGGAGGGUAAUUGGAUAUAUACGUGCUGGUAACAUAGUCGGGCCCAAUCACUUGGGGUUCUGUGGCUCAUAGGUGCAUUCUUUUUUCUUCAGUGUCUCACCAAUUAUCCAACUGUUGAAUAAAAUUAUAAAUAUGUUAAUACCAGCUUUUUCCAAUAAAAUAACAAAUGUUACAUCUAA